AUGCCGAAAGAUUGUCAAUCGACAGUUCGACAUCGUCAAGGAACAAAGAAUAAACAACAGAUUCCUUCAUCAACAGAAACAAGAGCAGAAAAAAAUAAAAGUUAUUCUCAGAUAAAGCUAUCUUCUCUUGGCUAUCCUUUGGUUUUAUUAAUUCUUACAUUAGUUAUAUCCUAUUUUCAUUUUAUAUAUAUAUAUGAAUUAUUUGAGAAUGAUAAACAUUUUUCACAUUUAUCAACAUUAGAACGUGAAUUAUCAUUUCGUACGGAAAUGGGUCUCUAUUAUUCAUAUUUUAAACAGAUUGCUAUUGAUUCAUCAUCAUUUAUAGAAGGUUUUUUAUCAAUUAUAUCUGAUAAUCGAACAGAAGCACCAACAACAAUUAAUGUUUUAGAACGUUUUAAUCUUUAUCCAGAAGUUUUACUUAGUUUAAUUUAUCGUAUUAUGAAUUCUCAAGGUAUGUUAACAGAAAUAUGUUAUCGGAUUGAUCGAGGUCAAACUAUGAGUCCAGUUUUAUCAUGUGAAGGACAUAAAGAACCAACUUAUUUCUAUGUAACAAGUGUUUUUAUAUUAAAUGGACUUUUACUUGGUAUUUUAUUUUUAUUUGGAACAUAUUUAUCAAAAAGUAUAUUAGGUGGAAUAAUAACAACACUUGCUUAUAUAUUCAAUCAUGAUGAAGCAACAAGAGUUAUGUGGACACCACCACUUCGUGAAAGUUUUUCAUUUCCGUUUCAUGUUCUUCAACUGUUUGUUGUCACAUAUAUUUUGCAACAACAACAAAUAUUGACUAAUACUAAUGCUAUUAAAUCUCUCAUAGGAUAUAUAAAGAAAAAUGAUGAAUCAAUACAUGUUGAUUCACCACAAAAUUUAAUAUCUCAUAGACACAAAAUAAAACUUGUUUUAUUGCUUAUUGGUUCCACAGUUUUAUACAUGUUGCCAUGGCAAUUUGCUCAAUUUACAUUAGCUACUCAAUUAUUAUCACUUGGUCUUCUGUAUAUACUUAAUAUUUUACCAUUCCAUCAAUUUUUCUUUAUUUUAUCUGCUCAAAUUCUUUCAUUAAUAAUAUCAGCUGUAUUAAUGUUUGGUAAUCGAAUGUUACUAACUUCUCUAUUUUCAAUAACAUUAUUUUCAUUUUAUUUGGUUUGUCUUGUGGAUAAUUUUUUUCUUCAUUCAUCAUUUUCAUUCCAAUCAUGUCGAUGGAUUAUUAUUAUUAUUCGUCGAAUGAUUCUUUUUUUUGUUGCAUUUAUUUUAAUUAAAUUUGUCAUAAUUAAUUUUCUUUUUUCAUCAGCUGAUGAUGAUGCUCAUAUUUGGGAUAUAUUAAGGUCAAAGUUAUCCUCAACAUUCCGAACAUUUGAUACUCAAUUAUAUACAUGUGCAAAAGAGUUUGAUUUUAUUGAUAUGGAAACAAUAGUAAAAUUAUGUCGAACUGGUCUUAUUCCAUUUUCAAUGAUAAUCAUCUGUCGUUUAGUAUAUGAUUUUAUUAUGGAUAUAUUUAAAAAAAAUAAUAAUGAAAAUAAACAAAUAUGGAAUUAUUAUCAUAUUAUUCAAACAGGUGCUUAUCUAUUGAUGGCUUUAUUAAUAAUGCGUUUAAAAUUAUUUCUUGUUCCACAAUUAUGUCUUUUGGUAAGUUUAUUUAUGAAUGAACAAUUAUGGCCAAGAAAAUUUAUUACAUGGAAAAAAUGGAAAUUAAUAGUUUUUAUUUUGAUUCUUCUCAGCAUGAGUAUUCAAGGACGACAAAAUAUCAAAGCACAAUUGAAAAUAAAAGGUGAAUAUUCUAAUUAUCCAAUGGAAAAAAUGAUUGAAUGGAUUAAUUUAAAUACUGGAAAUGAAUCAAUAUUUGCUGGUACAAUGCCAACAAUGGCUAAUUUAAAAUUAUCAACACGUCGUCCAAUUAUUGUUCAUCCUCAUUAUGAACAUAGAAAAAUUCGUCAUCGUGUUAAACUUGUUUAUGCAAUGUUUUCAAGAAAACCACUUCGUUAUAUAUAUUCAAUAUUAAAACAAUAUCAUGUUGAUUAUUAUAUUUAUGAAUCUCAUUGGUGUACAAUAACAAAUCGUCCAAAAGGAUGUUCAUUUCCUGAAAUGUAUGAUAUUGAUGAACAAGAUCAAAAAAUCUUAACACGUACAACUCUUGCAUGUCAAACUCUUCAAUCUCAUCCUCAACCAUAUUUUAAAAAACUUUUUACUUAUGAUUAUCUCAGUAUUUAUCAAGUUUUAUGA